AUGGCCAAAACUUUUGAAAUUAGUGUAAUCUUUGAGAUUUUGCGCUCAAACGACGCUUCAAAAGUCGCGCUGAUUCGCUUCGGAUCGGGUCGUUUCGGUGUGCUUUCACCGUUCAACGAGUCACAUUCGGGUCUCCUCCUUUCCCUACUCCCACCACAGCACCUCCUGCCGCCAUAUGUGCCCGAUUUGGAAAAACUGACAACCGUCCCGUGUUUCAACGAUCAAUGCGACGAUUUAGUGAUCAAAGAGGAGGCUGGAGAGCCGGCAAGCUAUGCGGUGAAUGGUGAGUGU